CCCCGCGGCACCUGGAGGAGGGUACCCGGGGCGCCCGCGCUCAGCGAGCUCCGGACCGGCGCAGGGCCGGGCGGCCGCAGAGCCCAGGUGCCCGGGGGCCAGGCCGCGGGGUGGGGCUGCGCCGGCACAGCGCCGCCCCGCCGGGGAUCAGGAUGGAGACGCCUGCCGCCCGCGGCCCAGCUCCGGCCCCGCCCCGCAGUCCUCCGGGCAGCUCGCGGCCGAGGGAGGGGGCGGCUCCGGGCCACCCGAGCCUGACGCAACCGGAGAGCCCGGCGCGCCGGGACCGGUCGCACUAGCUCCGGGGCGGGCGCCGCUUCCGGGCUGGGGGCGGGCGCGGGCAGGGCCCGGAGCUAGUGCGGCCGAAAGGACGGCGAGCGACCGGAGCCGACAGGCCAGUGCUCCCAGGACUGCCGGCUGAAGAGUCGCUGCUGGACUCCAGCCCCAUCACCAUGGGCAGCCCGGAGGGGCGCUUCCAUUUUGCCAUCGACCGUGGAGGCACCUUCACAGAUGUCUUUGCCCAGUGCCCAGGGGGGCACGUGAGGGUCUUAAAGCUGCUCUCAGAAGACCCCGCCAACUAUGUGGACGCACCCACCGAGGGCAUCCGCCGCAUCCUGGAGCAGGAAGGGGGCAUGCUGUUGCCGCGGGACCGGCCGCUGGACACCAGUCGCAUCGCCAGCAUCCGCAUGGGCACCACGGUAGCUACCAACGCACUGCUGGAACGGCGCGGGGAGCGGGUGGCACUGCUGGUGACUCGCGGCUUCCGAGACCUGCUGCAUGUGGGCACCCAGGCCCGUGAAGACCUCUUUGACCUGGCCGUGCCCAUGCCCGAGAUGCUGUAUGAGGAGGUGCUGGAAGUGGACGAGCGUGUGGUGCUGUAUCGAGGGGAGCCAGGUGCUGGGACGCCCGUGAAAGGCCGCACAGGGGACCUGCUGGAGGUGCAGCAGCCUGUGGACCUGGGGGGCCUGCGAGGGAAGCUGGAGGGGCUCCUGUCCCGAGGCAUCCGCAGCCUGGCCGUGGUGCUCAUGCACUCAUACACGUGGGCCCAGCACGAGCAGCAGGUGGGUGCCCUGGCCCGGGAGCUGGGCUUCACACACGUGUCGCUGUCCUCGGAGGCCAUGCCCAUGGUGCGCAUCGUGCCUCGGGGGCACACUGCCUGCGCUGACGCCUACCUCACACCCACCAUCCAGCGCUAUGUGCAGGGCUUCCGCCGUGGCUUCCAGGGUCAGCUCAAGGACGUGCAGGUGCUGUUCAUGCGCUCCGAUGGUGGCCUGGCGCCCGUGGACUCCUUCAGUGGCUCCCGCGCUGUGCUCUCGGGCCCUGCUGGCGGCGUGGUUGGUUACUCAGCCACCACCUACCGGGUGGAGGGUGGCCAUCCUGUCAUCGGCUUUGACAUGGGAGGCACGUCUACCGACGUGAGCCGCUAUGCUGGCGAAUUUGAGCACGUCUUUGAGGCCAGCACAGCUGGUGUCACCCUCCAGGCCCCCCAGCUGGACAUCAACACCGUGGCAGCUGGUGGGGGCUCCCGCCUCUUCUUCAGGUCAGGCCUCUUCGUGGUGGGGCCAGAGUCUGCAGGAGCCCACCCUGGCCCCGCCUGCUACCGCAAAGGAGGCCCUGUGACCGUGACGGAUGCUAAUCUGGUCCUGGGUCGCCUGCUGCCUGCCUCCUUCCCCCGCAUUUUUGGGCCGGGAGAGGACCAGCCACUAUCCCUGGAGGCGUCCCGAAAGGCCCUGGAGGCUGUGGCCACUGAGGUCAACAGCUUCCUGACCAACGGGCCUUGUCCGGCCUCCCCACUGAGCCUGGAGGAGGUGGCCAUGGGGUUUGUGCGUGUGGCCAAUGAGGCCAUGUGCCGGCCCAUCCGUGCGCUCACGCAGGCACGAGGCCACGACCCCUCGGCCCACGUGCUGGCUUGCUUUGGGGGAGCUGGUGGGCAGCACGCUUGCGCCAUCGCCCGGGCCCUGGGCAUGGACACCGUGCACAUUCAUAGGCAUAGUGGGCUGCUGUCAGCACUGGGGCUGGCCCUGGCAGACGUGGUACACGAGGCGCAGGAGCCCUGCUCCCUGCCCUAUGCUCCCGAGACCUUUGUGCAGCUGGACCAGAGGCUGAGCCGCCUGGAGGAGCAGUGUGUGGAUGCCCUGCGGGCCCAGGGCUUCCCCAGGGCCCAGAUCAGCACUGAGAGCUUCCUGCACCUGCGCUACCAGGGCACGGACUGCGCCCUGAUGGUGUCCGCCCACCAGCACCCAGCCACUGCCUGCUCACCCAUAGCGGGCGACUUUGGGGCAGGCUUCGUCGAGAGGUACAUGAGGGAGUUUGGCUUCACCAUCCCUGAGCGGCCAGUGGUGGUGGACGACGUGCGGGUGAGGGGCACUGGCCACAGUGGCCUUCGCCUCGAGUUCGUCCCGAAAGCCCAGAGUGGGCCUCCCCGGGUAGACAAGAUGACCCGUUGCUACUUCGAGGGGGGCUACCAGGAGACCCCCGUGUACCUGUUGGGCGAGCUGGGCGAUGGGCACAAGCUGCAGGGGCCCUGCCUCAUCAUUGACAGCAACAGUACCAUCCUGGUGGAGCCAGGCUGCCAGGCAGAGGUGACUGAGACUGGGGACAUCCGCAUCUCCGUGGGGGCUGAGGUCCCCAGCACGGUGGGUGCCCAGCUCGACCCCAUCCACCUGUCCAUCUUCUCCCACCGCUUCAUGAGCAUCGCUGAUGGGCCGCAUCCUGCAGCGCACGGCCAUCUCCACCAAUAUCAAGGAGCGCCUGGACUUCUCCUGUGCCCUCUUUGGGCCCGACGGAGGGCUGGUCUCCAACGCGCCUCACAUCCCCGUGCACCUGGGUGCCAUGCAGGAGACGGUGCAGUUCCAGGUUCGGCGGGCCCCUCUCCCUGCCCCCCACCCCUCGCGCCGGCCCCUCCCGACUCUGCACCUGUCUCCUGGCUUCAGACCCAGCACUUGGGGGCUGACCUCCGUCCCGGCGACGUGCUGCUGAGCAACCACCCCGGCGCGGGGGGCAGCCACCUGCCAGACCUGACCGUCGUCACACCGGUGUUUUGGCCGGGUCGGACGCGGCCUGUGUUCUACGUGGCCAGCCGCGGGCACCACGCGGACAUUGGGGGCAUCACACCGGGCUCCAUGCCUCCCCACUCCACCACCCUGCAGCAGGAGGGCGCCGUCUUUCUGUCCUUCAGACUUGUCCAGGCGGGUGUCUUCCAGGAGGAGGGGAGUGGUCCAUGGGUCCAGAACCUGUACUGCUUGCCCGAGGUGGAGGCCUUGUCCAGAUCUUUUGGGGGCGGUGGCGGGGCGCACAGGCAGCCAUGCUGGCGCUCUUUCAAAACGACUGGCUGUGGCGCGGUAACUGAAGCCCUGCGGGCACCAGGCAAGAUUCCAGGCUGCAGCGGAACACGGAACCUGCAUGACAACCUGUCAGAUCUGCGUGCCCAGGUGGCAGCCAACCAGAAGGGCAUCCAGCUGGUGGGCGAGCUCAUUGGGCAGUAUGGUCUGGAUGUGGUGCAGGCCUACAUGGGCCAUAUUCAGGCAAACGCUGAGCUAGCUGUGCGAGACAUGCUUCGGGCCUUUGGAACCUCCCGGCAGGCCCGAGGCCUGCCCCUGGAGGUGUCUGCAGAGGACCACAUGGACGACGGUUCUCCCAUCCGACUCCGAGUGCAGAUCAACCUGAGUCAGGGUAGCGCGGUGUUUGAUUUCAGCGGCACGGGGCCCGAGGUGUUCGGCAACCUCAACGCGCCUCGGGCCAUCACGCUGUCUGCGCUCAUCUACUGCCUUCGUUGUCUGGUCGGCUGCGACAUCCCACUCAACCAGGGCUGCCUGGCACCGGUGCGUGUUGUGAUCCCUAAGGGCUCCAUCCUGGACCCGUCCCCAGAGGCGGCGGUGGUGGGCGGCAACGUGCUUACGUCGCAGCGGGUGGUGGACGUCAUCCUGGGGGCCUUUGGGGCCUGCGCAGCUUCCCAGGGCUGCAUGAACAACGUGACCUUGGGCAACGCCCACAUGGGCUACUACGAGACGGUGGCGGGCGGCGCGGGCGCGGGCCCCGGCUGGCAUGGGCGCAGCGGCGUGCACAGCCACAUGACCAACACGCGCAUCACCGACCCCGAGAUCCUGGAGAGCAGGUACCCAGUUAUCCUGCGCCGCUUCGAGCUGAGACUGGGGUCUGGGGGGCGCGGCCGCUUCCGGGGCGGCGAUGGUGUUAUCCGCGAGCUGCUUUUUCGUGAGGAGGCGCUACUGUCGGUGCUGACCGAGCGCCGCGCCUUCCAGCCUUACGGCCUUAUGGGGGGUGAGCCCGGAACCCGUGGCCUAAACCUACUGAUCCGGAAGGACGGCCGGACAGUGAAUCUGGGUGGGAAGACCUCGGUGCCCGUGUGCCCCGGGGAUGUGUUCUGUCUCCACACACCAGGCGGCGGGGGCUAUGGGGACCCAGAGGAUCCCGCCCCACUGCUGGCGUCGCUGCUGCAGCCCAAAGCCUUCCCUGAGCGGGGCAGCGUCUAUGAGUACCGCAGGGCCCAGGAGACUGUGUGAGGGAGGGCCCCGUACAAUAAAGAUCCCUGAAGACGUCCUGUUCCAGUGGCGGCUGGCCAGGCUCA